UUAUAUUUCAAUGAAUAUAAUUAUUCCAUAUCUUGUUUUUUCAUCCAAUACAAGGACACAAAGUCAGAAAAGACCUAAAACCGGAGGUUUUUGGACAAAUAUAUUUCCAUAUUUAAUGGAUGAUAAUAGUUAUAAUUCUUUUCGACGACACUUCCGUAUUACUCGUACUACUUUUUAUGCUAUUGUUUCUCGUUUAGAAACACAUCCAGUUUUUAUGUCAAAUGCUAUGAAUGCAACACCAGUAUGGAAACAAAUUGCAAUCGUGUUAUGGCGAUUAGCAAAUAAUGUAGGAAUACGAGUAUUAGAACAGACUCUUGGCAUAAGCCAAGGGUCUGGAUCACGACUAGCAACGGUAACUCAAGGGUUUGAACGUGGAGAAACUGGAUUUGGAAAUCGUAAAUUGCCUAAUGUAGUUGGAGCAAUAGAUGGAUCUCAUAUACCGAUCCAUGCACCUUCUAAAAAUGGUUCACAUUAUGUCAAUCGAAGUGUACAUGAUGCUCGUUUUCCGGGUGGUACUUAUAUUAUUGCUGAUGCAGCAUAUCCUCUUAGAACAUAUUUAAUGAAAGCGUAUCCUGAUUAUUAUAUGUUGACCCAUCAAAUUUACUGUAUUGAUAUGGAACGAAUUAUAAGAAUAAUUCAUGCAUGUUGUAUUCUACACAAUUUUUGUAUUGAUAUGGAGGAUGUACUAUCUUUAGAAGAUAUUAAUGAUGAGAAAAUAAAUUAUGAAGGCGAAGUCAAAGCAACAAAUGAAACAUAUGAAGAAACGGCUAGCAUUCAAAAAAGAGAUUAUUUAGCUAAUCUUCUUAUGAACUUGCAAUAA